CCAGGGAGACCAUGUCUUCAUCCGACGCUGCUGAACCCAGCCGUCUGAUUGGCUUACACGGAAGGUGUCAAACUUCGAGAAGUGGCGCGGGUUUUUGUAUUUUAUGCACUACGGUGGCGGGAGAUGAGAAGUUAGACAGGGAGAUAUUUGAUUAGAAUCUCCACUAUUUUUGAGAAUUAAUCAAAUUAGCUUAAUGGUUUGAGUUUAUUUCUAUCUCCAAAUAUCAAGCUUGCUUCGGGAGGAGAAGGACAACGCAAAUGGAUGAUUUUGGGGUCUACGUUGUUUUGGGAGUGAAUGAUGCGCCCCUAAAGCUCCUAUGUGCAAACGGGUUAGCCCAGGUUUCCGUUGCAGUACCACCGAGUUCCCAGCAGGUGGUGCUGUUUUCCAGGGGGCGAUGGGGAGACAGGAUCUGCGUCAACGCAGAACUCAACGACGCCGACAGAGUUCCAAUCACCAUAGGAAAACUGACACCUUAUAAUAGGUGUUUAACAUGGGAGCAAUGGGAAGAGGAGAGCUGGACAGAGGGAGUGAUGUUGACUGUCAGCUUGGAAGGAGGACACCUGGCCAAAGGGGAUAUGAUGAACCUUGACCUCACCCUGUCCAUGAAGGAAUACACCCCAGAGAGUGCUGUGGCCCCUUCCCCUGUUAGGGAGGGGAAGAGAAAGAGGGGACAAACGGGGGAAGACAACGAGGAAGAGAACCGAGGGAAGGAGAACACGUGUCCCAUCGACGUGGUGUCGUCAUUUUCAGAGAAGUCAACCCCCCUCAGAAAGGUCAGAGGUCAGAGCAGAGGAGGUCAGACCAGACUGUUCCUCCAGAGUGAGGGUCAGGAAGGUGCGGCUCUCACCCCUCAGAACACUCCUCCACAGAGGGGCAAAGGUAGACCGGCCAAGACACCCACUACACCGACUGCCCCAUUGGUCAACCCGUCGGGUCGCUGGGGUCAGAGCCUGUGCCCCAUCGACCCCCAGACAGCCAUUCUGAUUGGAGGGCAGGGAUCCAGGAUGCAGUUCUGCAAGGACCCCAUGUGGAAGCUGUGCACUGAGGACAUGUCAUGGGUUCCCGCGGAGACGCUGGCAGAAGGCCCCACCCCCGAGGCCCGGAUUGGCCAUACAGCGACCUACGACCCUGAUUCCAAAAGAAUCUUUGUGUUCGGGGGUUCUAAGAACAAAAAGUGGUUCAACGACGUUCACAUCCUAGACACACAGAGCUGGAAGUGGAGCACAGUGGAGGCCCAGGGAAAAGUACCUCCAUUAGCCUAUCACAGCUGCAGCAUGUUUCGGGGUGAACUAUUUGUCCUGGGAGGGGUGUUCCCUCGCCCUCACCCUGAACCCGACGGCUGCAGUGACUCCCUCUACAUCUUUGACCCACAUCUCUCCAUUUGGUACCAGCCCAUCGUCACAGGCGACAAGCCCGCCCCCCGCUCAGGUCACUCGGCCUGCGUUGUCCAGGGGAAGAUCUAUGUGUUCGGAGGCUGGGACACUCCACUCUGUUUCAACGACAUGUACAUGCUUGACCUGGGACUGAUGGAGUUUUCGUCUGUUCAGACCAACGGAUCACCUCCCUCUCCUCGCAGCUGGCAUGGUUGUGUGUUACUCUCUGACUCUACGUUUGUGGUCCACGGGGGAUACAACGGGAACCAGGCCCUCAAUGACACCUUUACCUUCAACACAGACACCAACACCUGGACUGAACUGGUCCACCCACAGCUCUCCGUGCCCAGAGCUGGACAUUCCAUCAUCACCAUGGCGCUAGCCAAUCAAAACCUUUCAUUCAAGGAUGACGGCAAAGAACGAAACUCCGACCGUACCCCCAAAACCCUGCUGGUAUUUGGAGGGGGCGACAACGAGGGGAACUUCUAUUCUGACCUGACGACCCUGACUGUCACUGAACUGCUGGACCAGAACUAAUGCUGUGUUCAUAACCAAUUGGGAAUUUACCACGUACAACUGGGAAAACUUGAAUGCCUCUCCAAAAGGUCAUUACUGGUGGGACACUUGUAUAUUAUCCCUGAGCUCCGACUUCUCCCACAUUCUGACCUCCCUUUAAGUAAGGAAAUGACCCCAAUAACCGCAAUUUCGGCAGCUAAAUGCAAUAACUAAACAUUAUUCAUAAAAAGCUUUCUAUUCAUGUUUUUUUUUACCACUAUAAUUUGUUUGUGAGCAUGAUAACAGUACUUAUAGUUUUGUGGUUGACACAGCUUGUUUGCCAUUAGCCAAUCAAAGUUCAAACCAGUUGGAUUAAUUCACGUGCUAUUUACUUCCCACUUGGUUAUGAACACAACAUAAACCACAUGAGUGGAAUCCUAAAUGGCACCCUAUUCCCUAUAUAGUGCACUACUUUGGACCAGGGCUCUGGCCCCACACACAGCCCCUAUGGGUGUAUUAGAGAAAUCUCACAGAUCUUCAAAGUCUGCCGUUUUCACGUCAUUAGAAACAGGAAGUGCUAGUCGUUUGUUUUCAAAUGUCUCUCAGUGUGAUGAGGGAAUAAUCAGGACUGAUGUUAUUUAUACAUUAAAACAUGUAUACUUUCCAGGAAAUAUAUAUUUCUGUAGUGCACUGCUUUUGACCAGAGCCCUAUGUAGGGAAUGGGUUGCCGUUUUGGAACUCACGCCGUCUGGGUCGUGUUCAUCGGUGUGCACACUGUAGCAAAACUGCAAUAGAAAAUGAGGGUUCCUUAUUGGACACAUUUUAAGGUAGUUGUUCUAUUUCGGACAGUUUGCUUCCUAUUGAAUACAACCCUGGGGUUUAUAAAGUGAGGAUUUAUGGUUUGACUGAACCCUUUUACACUUCAAGUGCAGUGUUUUUUAUUAUUAUUAUUUUGGUCAGCCUAGAGGUAUGACGUGUGUACAAGCUGCUUAUUAUAUUUCAUAUUUUUUAACUUUAGAUGGUCAUUAACCAGAGUGGAACUGAAGCAUAAUUUGAAGCCGGGUUGCCAGUUUGUUUCUGCUCACAUUCCAAUUGAAUUCCAUAACUCAAUCGGACUGGGAAAGCAGGUUGUAGACUAUAAAAAAUAAAAAAAACUUUAAAACUUAGUCAUAGAAAUAAAGAAUUCGUUUUUUUUUUCCUACGUUCCAAUUAUGUUUUUUAAAGCUACCCAAGUUCUGUGUCUCAGGUACUCGCAUUCUAAUUAGAGCCUGACCGAUUUUUUUUUAUCAGCCGAUAUUGGCCGUUUCAACGCUAUAUCGAUAUGGGCUGAGAAACUAUAUUCAAUAAAUAGGAUGUGGGGGAAUCUUGUGCUUACCUGGACACUUGUGACCAUUCUCAUGAUGUCACAAUGUAUGAAAUCAACAUUUUGAAGCUUAAUUAUUUGACAAUUGCUCUUUUUUGAAUGACAAUUUUGAGAAUUCUGUGAAUGAAUUUUUUUUUCAUUUUCGCCAUUGUAAUACACAUAUAUCGUCAGGUUUAUUGGUAUGGAUCUAGUUUCAAAAUGGUGUUGCUUUCAUUUCUUAGGCAGAUUUUAUUUUUUAUUUUUGUACAUUCAUGCUGAAUAAACAAAGAUACUAAAAGAUA